UCCAAAGUUGUUUGUAAUCGUCUAGUGUUAAAAUUUUACUUGAUCUUCAUUGGAGUGGGAACAGCCCAGCGUAUCAGAUGUGUUUUUAUUAGUUUUAAUAAAGCGAAGUUCAUGUGUGGAUCCAUAAAACGAAGAUCCAUGGACAUUACCCGUGAUGAGAUCACGUAAGGUUACGUGCGUGAUGCUUUGAUCAAACAAAGUAUGAUCCUUUUCGCUCGCCAUUGCAGCUCAACCCAUGGAUGGCGCCACGAAACACAAGCACGUCCGUUUCGCCACUAUGGAGAACGAAACCGAGGAUCAGGGGGAUGACACACUGUUUGACAGGUGCACGGAGAAUGACAAAAGCCUCGACAUUGCGUUUAACAAGCCCAAGAGAAGUCCCGGAGCGGCGAGCCCAGCGCCUGCAGAGAGCACUCCCGGCAGACGGCGCUGGCUCACUACCGCUGCGCUAUGCGUUUCUUUCUUAGGAUUGGGGAUGAGUAUUGCAGUUAUUGGCCCCACAUUUCAGGAUCUGGCUAUGAAUGUUCACCAAAACAUUAGCAACAUCUCAUAUAUAUUUGCGGGCCGCUCUGCGGGGUACAUUGCUGGCUCCCUGCUGGGGGGCACACUCUUGGACUGCUUGAACUCUUACCUGCUGCUAGGGCUGGCCAUGCUGCUGACAGCAUUGGGGUUGUGUGCAAUUCCAUUCUGCCGACAGGCGCUGGUCCUUACCAUCUUUAUGGCGUGCAUUGGCAUCUCCAUGGGUGUCCUGGACACAGGUGGGAACGUGCUGGUUCUGAGCACCUGGGGAGAACAGGCAGGCCCGCACAUGCAGGCACUUCACUUUAGUUUUGCAGCUGGAGCUUUGCUGUCACCCAUCAUUGCUCAGCUCCUGUUUGGGGGCUCCCAAAACUGUAGUUCAGUGGCUACAAAUGUGUCAGCCCAAGUGCUCAGCCCAGUGAAGGCUGUCCAGAACUGGACCGACCUGCGCUCCAUGUGGGCUUAUGUGGUCAUCAGUCUGUUUGUUUUCCUCUCAGCACUGCUUUUCUUUGGGAUAUACUGCUGCGCUGCAGGGUCAGGGAACAGAGCCCACUCUGUGUCAGAAAAGCCCCAGGUGGCCAAAUACCACACAGCCAUUGUAGUCCUGCUCUUCUUAUUCUUUUUCGCUUAUGUGGGGGCAGAGGUAGCGUACGGCUCUUUCAUCUUCACCUUCUCUAAAGAUUAUGUGCGACUAGAGGAAGCUGAGGCAGCAGGAAUCAACACUCUUUUCUGGGGGAGUUUUGCGGCAUGCCGUGGUCUGGCCAUUCUGCUUGCAUCGUGUUUGUCUCCUGGGACUCUCAUCACUCUUAGUCUGGUGAGCUGCUGCCUAUCCUCUCUGCUGCUUAGCCUGUUCUCUCACCACAGAGCCAUGCUGUGGGCUGGAACUGGUCUGUAUGGUGCUUCCAUGUCAGGUUUCCCCAGUGGGCUGUCGUGGGUGGAGCAAUACACGCCUGUGACCGGACAUACAGCAGCUGUGUUGGUGGUUGGUGCUGCAAUGGGGGAGAUGGUGUUACCUGUUCUUCUGGGUUUCCUCAUGGGACACAUUAGUAGUGAGCCUUUGCUAAUGUACCAAGCUCUGGCCUGUGCCAUCCUCUGCUCCAUCCUCUUUCCUGCAAUGUACCAUCUGGCUGUAGCCUCAGGAUCUCGUGCCCAGGGUAAUGAUGGAGACAAGGAGUUUUACCGGGCACUGUUGCAGCCUGAGCCUGAGGACUCUGAUGUUUUUGAGAUGGACACUUCUCUGAACUCUCCUCACUGGGAUGACCAUAGAGAAUGAAGAAUGAAUGAAGAGAAGCCUUAUCAGAAGACUGGGCAGGCAGAGCAGAGAAGAAACUGAACCCAAAGAGCAGACUGAAUGUUUCCCUUGUAAAUUUGAAUUUGUACUCAAAUUCUGCAUUCUCCAACCAUAGGUAUGGAGGCCCUUGGAAUACGCAAGGCUACAUGCACUUUGCAGUACAAUGGCACAGCUUUUGGAAUUGUAUAAUUGAUUUACAGUACAUUUAUUUAAAGAUAAUUCAUUAUUUUACCUGCUGAGAAUAUAGUUUUAGAAUUCCAUCUUCUAUAAUUGUUAAGCAUGAGCUUAGGGUCAUGUCUAGGUGUUUCUUCUGCUUAAAAUACUAAUUAAAUGUGCAUUAAAUAAUUCUGUCCUUUAAUCCCUUACUGCCAGAUAAAGGGGAUUUUUAAGGACAAAUGUAAAAGGAUUGAAAUAUAUAUAUUUUUGUAUUAUACUGAUUUACAAAAAUACUUGGAUUAUAAUUAACCAUAAAUCUGAUUCAUAGUCUUGGUUGAGGUACGGUAAGUAAAUCUGAAUGGACUGAACUAUGUCUUCUUAGUGAGACACUGUCCACUAAUGGCCACAAAUAUUGUGAUUUAAGGCAAAUGGCUUACUAAAAGAUCUGUAGGUAGUGGCUCUUUCAUUUUGACAUUUUUAUGUUUAAAAUCUCACCUACAUGUAUGAGUAUUGU